AAAAAAAGAAGGAAAAGUCCCCGCAAGGGUGUGCCCAGGGCCACACAGCCAUGCGGGCAACUCCAGAAGGAGACGGGCCCUGCAGGGGUGUGCCCGGGGCCACACAGCAGUGCAAGCAUGGCCCCCUCCCCUUGGUGCCUCCCAGAUGGGCCUCUCCCCUCAGAGGGACCACUCACAGCUCAGCCAGGCCCAUUGCUCCUGUCAGAGCCAUGAGGAGGACGGGACAGUCCCAUGGCAUGCAGCCAGCAUGUGGAUGGUCUGGCACACCACAUGAGCAGUGUAGAUGCAGGGAGCACCCAGGAGGCCAAAUGUCCCACAAGAGCCCGGUGAUGUAUGGGCAGGGGCUGCAGCCGGUGGCCUGGGGUCUGUCUACAGGCAGCAGAUGGGCUGGUGCCAGGGGUGCAUGGCCGGGGGGAUCCUGACCUGCAGGUGCCACUUCCUAGAGCCAAACUUGCCUGUCUUUGACAGGGCAUAGGGACAAGGGACUCAGAGAGACUUAUGAGUGUGAGCUAUGGGGGGUUACAGGUCAGAGAGGAGGAUGAGCAUGGGGUUGAGCUAUGGAGGAUCACAGGUCAUGAGGAGGACAGAGGAGGAGGGUAAACUAUGGAGGGUCACAGGUCAGGGAGGAGGACUGGAAUAGGAGGAUCCCAGGACUACAGGAAGUCAGAAGUCGGGUGGUAACUGCUAAUAUGCUGGUGUCAGGGGAUCAUCAAAGUUGAGAUCAUUUCCGGUCCCUGUGUGGCAUCAGUGUUCACAGAAGAGGAAGAAGGACCCUGGAGGGCUUGCCCUCUGUUGGCUACAGCGUGACUAGCUAUCUGUGUCUGUACCACCUUGGUGUCCAGGAUCUUCAGGCACCUUCUCAGAAUGUAGCUUCCCAAACCCUGAGAAAUGAAUGUCUGUUGAAGCCUUCUAGUCUGUGGUUUUAUCAUGGUGACUGAGCUCAGAUUUUGGGCACUCUGGGUGCAUCUGGUCUGUGCUCAGAUCCUCGGUUUCCCCAGCAGACACAAGGGUGCUGGCUGAGGGCAGGGGUGAAGCUGAGUGUGCAUAGAACUCCCAUCUUGCUGGCUAUGGUGGGUCUGCUUCCUCCCUACCCUCCUUCCCACCUCCCUGGGUGCUCUGGACCCCUGGCCCUUACACCUGGCCAUGGUGAGGGUCAACUGGUGGACACACCUGCAGGAAAAGUCCUCAGAUCAAGCAGGUGCAAGGGGCAUGCCUGCGUGUCUUCCCCUGGUCCCUACCCUCAUCUGGGGUUCCUGAAGGGGGUUUCUCAGACCUGGGCUGCUGGAGGCGGGGAUCAACCACUUCCCAGCAGGUGGCCCCUCUGGGUCCUGGUUAAACCCCACCAGACAAAGGCCACCUUUCACCCAGGCAGGGCUGGCCUUUUGUGCCUGCUUGUCCCUGCAUCAGGGCGAUAGCCAUGGAGUUGGGAACAGUCUUCCUGGGUCAUUUGCAGCACACACAUUGUCCUGCUGGCCCACCCUGGGGCCUGGGGCCCUCCCUUGUCCAUGGCCAGCAAAGGCCCCUAGCUGGGUUCUCAGGGGUUCCCAUUUAAAGGUGCCAUGGACACAACAGCUAGGCCAGGUGCUGCUGGAAGCACCAAGGAUACAAUACCUGCCCUAGGCCUGUGUGUAGCUUCUGGCUGCCCACCUAUACCCAGAGUCUGCAGGACCUUCAGAUGGCCAGUGCACUUGGCAUGGUCCUGGGACCCCUGUCCCCUCUGGGCAGUCCUGGGUGCCCUCUGUGUGGUUUCUGGUCCCCCUCUCCCCUCUGGCUGGUUCUAGUCCCCUCUGGGCAGUCUUGGAUCCCCUCUGGCUGGCUCUGGGUCCCCUCUGACUGGUUCUGGAUCCCUUUCUGGGGGAGGGGUCCCAGGUCCCUUCAAGGUGAUCUUGGAUAUCCUCUGGGGGUCUCAGGUCCCCCUCUCUCCUCUGGGUGGUUCUGGGUCCCCUAGGCUCCCUCCUUCCCUGCACUCCGGGAUAUUAGUCUGAACAGGGUUCCCCACAAGAUGGGGUCCCUGCCCUACCCACAUCCCUGCUGUCCCCCACCAAACACCUGGCCAUGCAGAGUCUGUGCCCUUUGCUUCCGUGGGGCUGGGGAUGAAACCAAAUCCGGGGCAGUGACACCCGGGCUAUUUUGGAGUUGGGCUGGGUUGGGCUGGCUGGUGGUGGGGGCGGGCCCAGCCUUCUCCAGCUGACAGCGUCCGCCUGUCCUUUCGUCCCUGUCCAGUCUGAGGACCGGCCAGAGAGUGGGCUGCUGGGUGGGAGCUGUGUCGGUCCUGGGCCCGUGGAGGGAGGUGAGACCCAGCAGCCCCUGCCCUGCCGUCUGAGCCCCCCGCCUGGGUGCUGCUCCCAGCCUCCCGUAGAGACAGGUCCGUCCCGCCGCCCCCGCCCCCCACCAUGGAUCACUCAUUCAGCGGGGCGCCCCGAUUCCUGACCCGGCCCAAGGCCUUUGUGGUGUCGGUGGGGAAGGACGCCACGCUGAGCUGCCAGAUCGUGGGCAACCCUACGCCGCAGGUGAGCUGGGAGAAGGACCAGCAGCCGGUGGAGGCGGGCUCUCGCUUCCGGCUGGCCCAGGACGGCGACCUGUACCGCCUCACCAUACUGGACCUGGCCCUGGGCGACAGCGGGCAGUACGUGUGCCGCGCGCGCAAUGCCAUCGGCGAGGCCUUCGCGGCCGUGGGCCUGCAGGUGGACGCCGAGGCCACUUACGCCGAGCAGGCGCCCCACUUCCUGCUGCGGCCCACGUCCAUCCGCGUGCGCGAGGGCGCCGAGGCCACCUUCCGCUGCCGCGUGCGCGGCUCGCCGCCCAUGGCCGUGAGCUGGGCCAAGGACGGCCGGCGCCUGGGAGCGCCCGACGCCCCCCGGGUGCGCGUGGAGGCCAGCGGCGAGGCCAGCGCGUUGCGCAUCCAGUCCGCGCGGCCGCGCGACGGGGGCACAUACACGGUGCGCGCCGAGAACCCGCUGGGCGUCGCCAGUGCCGACGCCGCGCUCACGGUAGACGCGGACCCAGACGCCGCCCCGCCGGGAGCCUCCACUGCCGGGCUUCUGGCGCACCUGCAGCGGCGUCGGGAGGCGAUGCGCGCCGAGGGCAUCCCUGCCUCGCCACCUGGCUCUGGCACGCGCACCUGCACGGUGACUGAAGGCAAGCACGCGCGCCUCAGUUGCUACGUGACGGGCGAGCCUAAGCCAGAGACGGUGUGGAAGAAAGAUGGCCAGCUGGUGGUGGAGGGCCGGCGACACCUGGUGUACGAGGACGCUCAGGAGAACUUCGUGCUCAAGAUCCUCUUCUGCAAGCAGUCGGACCGGGGCCUCUACACCUGCACGGCGUCCAACCUGGUGGGCCAAACCUACAGCUCCGUGCUGGUCGUCGUACGAGAGCCCGCCGUGCCCUUUAAGAGGCGACUUCAGGACCUGGAGGUGCGGGAGAAGGAGUCGGCCACGUUCCAGUGCGAGGUGCAGCUGCCGUCCACGGAGGCCGCGUGGUACAAGGAGGACACGCGUCUGUGGGCCAGCGCCAAGUACGGCAUCGAGGAGGCGGGCACUGAGCGCAGGCUCACGGUGCGCAACGUCUCCGCCGACGACGACGCCGUCUACAUCUGCGAGACCACGGAGGGCAGCCGCACGGUGGCAGAGCUCGCGGUGCAAGGAAACCUCAUUCGGAAGCUCCCAAGGAAGACUGCGGUGCGCGUGGGUGACACAGCCAUGUUUUGUGUGGAGCUGGCCAGGCCCGAGGGCCCUGUCCACUGGCUGAGGAACCAGGAGGAGAUGGUGGCUGGGGGCCGUGUGGCCAUCACCACAGAAGGCAUGUGCCACACGCUGACCAUCUCCCAGUGCAGCCUGGAGGACGUGGGCGAGGUGACCUUCACUGCUGGUGACUGCCGGACGUCCACCCAGUUCUUCGUGUCUGUCCCUAGGAGGCCACCCCUGCAUGCCCCUGAGGCCCCUGUGGUAAAGGGAAGGACAGAGUGUUCCGUCACCCUUGCCUGGUCCCCACCACCCCAUGGGGACCGCCCUGUCCCCAUCGAUGGUUAUCUGGUGGAAAAGAAGCGGCUUGGCGCCUACACCUGGAGCCGAUGCCACGAGGCGGAGUUGGUGGCUGAACGUGAGCUGACUGUGGCCAGCGUGGCUGAGGAGGGGGACUUCCAGUUCCGGGUAUCAGCUGUGAACAGCUUUGGCCAGAGCCCCUACCUGGAGUUUCCAGGGACUGUCCACCUGGCCCCCCAGCUGGCUGUGAAGACUCCUCUGAAGGCGGUGGAGGCGGUGGAGGGUGGCGAGGUGACCUUCUCGGUGGACCUCACUCUGGCCUCUGCUGGAGAGUGGUUCCUGGAUGGCCAGGCCCUAAAGGCCAGCAGUGUGUAUGUGAUCCGUCACGACGGCACGCAGCAUGCCCUCACCAUCCGCUCCGUGUCCGCCAGCCUGCAUGGCGCUGAGCUCAAGUUCGUGGCCAAUGGAAUUGAGAACAGCAUCCGUAUGGAGGUCCGAGCCCCAGGGCUGGCCGCCAAGCGUCCAGUGGCAGCUGUGAGGGAAGUGCUGGCCCGGCUGCAUGAGGAGGCACAGCUCUUGGCAGAGCUCUCAGACCAGGCUGCGGCAGUGACAUGGCUGAAGGACGGCCACGUGCUGCCCCUGGGCCCCAAAUACGAGGUCCAGGCGAGUGCCGGACAGCGGGCACUGCUGGUGCGGGAUGUGGUGCGAGACGAUGCUGGCCUAUACGAGUGUGUCAGCCGUGGGGGCCGUAUUGCCUACCAGCUGUUGGUGCAAGGGCUCACUCCCUUUCUGCACAAGGACACAGCUGGUGGCUUGGUGGAUGCCGUGGCCGGGGGCCCAGCCCACUUUGAAUGUGAGACUUCUGAGGCCCAGGUUUGUGUGCGCUGGUACAAGGAUGGCACGGAGCUCAGCCGCUCCAGCCAGCGCUUCCUGCAGGAGGACGUGGGAACGUGGCACCGGCUGGUGGCAGCCUCGGUCACCAAGCAGGAUGAGGGCACCUACUCAUGCCGUGUGGGCGAGGACUCCGUGGACUUCCAGCUGCGUGUCAGUGAGCCCUCGGCCGUGUUUGCCAAGGGGCAGCCGGCGCGCAGUGAGGUGCAGGCCAAGGUGGGGGCCAGCGCCAUGCUGAGCUGCGAGGUGGCCCAGGACAAGACGGAGGUGACGUGGUACAAGGGCAGGAAGAAGCUGAGUGCCAGCUCCAGAGUGCGCAUGGAGGCCACGGGCUGCAGCAGGAGGCUGGUGGUGCAGCAGGCGGGGAAGGUGGACGCCGGGGAGUACAGCUGCGAGGCCAGGGGAGAGAAGGUCUCCUUCCGCCUGGACAUGACAGAACCUGUAUUGGUGUUUGCCAAGGGACAGACAACACACAGUGAGGUACAGACCAAGGCGGGGGCCAGUGCCACACUGAGCUGUGAGGUGGCCCAGGACAAGACGGAGGUGACGUGGUACAAGGACGGGAAGAAGCUGAGUGCAAGCUCCAGAGUGCGUGUGGAGGCCAAGGGCUGCAGCAGGAGGCUGGUGGUGCAGCAGACGGCAAAGGCGGAUGCGGGGGAGUACAGCUGUGAGGCUGCGGGGGAGAAGGUCUCCUUCCACCUGGAUGUCAUUGAGCGCUCAGCCAUGUUUGCUAAGGGGCAGCCAGCAUGCAGUGAGGUGCAGGCCAAGGCAGGGGCCAGUGCCACGCUGAGCUGCGAGGUGGCUCAGGACAAGACGGAGGUGACAUGGUACAAGGAUGGGAAGAAACUGAGUGCCAGCUCCAGAGUGCACAUGGAGGCCAAGGGCUGCAGCAGGAAGCUGGUGGUGCAGCAGGCGGGGAAGGUGGAUGCUGGAGAGUACAGCUGUGAGGCCGGGGGCCAGAAGGUGUCUUUCCACCUGGAUGUCACAGAGCCCUCAGCUGUGUUUGCCAAGGAGCAGCCAGCAUGCAGUGAGGUGCAGGUCAAGGCGGGGACCAGUGCCACACUGAGCUGCGAGGUGGCCCAGGACAAGACAGAGGUGACGUGGUACAAGGACGGGAAGAAGCUGAGUGCCAGCUCCAAAGUGUGCAUGGAGGCCAAGGGCUGCAGCAGGCGGCUGGUGGUGCAGCAGGCAGGGAAGGCGGAUGCCGGGGAGUACAGCUGUGAGGCCGGGGGCCAGAAGGUGUCCUUCCACCUGGAUGUCACAGAGCCUGCAGCUGUGUUUGCCAAGGAGCAGCCGGCACACAGUGAGGUGCAGGCCAAGGCAGGGGCCAGCGCCAUGCUAAGCUGCGAGGUGGCCCAGGCCCAGACAGAGGUGACGUGGUAUAAGGACGGGAAGAAGCUGAGUGCGAGCUCCAGAAUGCACGUGGAGGCCAAGGGCUGCAGCAGGCGGCUGGUGGUGCAGCAGGCAGGGAAGGCCGACGCCGGGGAGUACAGCUGUGAGGCUGGGGGCCAGAAGGUGUCCUUCCACCUGGACAUCACAGAGCCUGCAGUCAUGUUUGCCAAGGAGCAGCCAGCACACAGUGAGGUGCAGGCCAAGGCGGGGGCCAGUGCCACACUGAGCUGCGAGGUGGCCCAGGACAAGACAGAGGUGAUGUGGUACAAGGACGGGAAGAAGCUGAGUGCCAGCUCCAGAAUGCGUGUGGAGGCCAAGGGUUGCAGCAGGCGGCUGGUGGUGCAGCAGGCAGGGAAGGCGGAUUCUGGGGAGUACCUCUGUGAGGCCGGGGGCCAGAAGGUGUCCUUCCGCCUGGAUGUCACAGAACCUACAGUGGUGUUUGCCAAGGAGCAGCCUGCAUGCAGUGAGGUGCAGGCCAAGGCAGGGGCCAGUGCCACACUGAGCUGCGAGGUGGCCCAGGACAAGACAGAGGUGACAUGGUACAAGGACGGGAAGAAGCUGAGUGCGAGCUCCAAAGUGCACAUGGAGGCCAAGGGCUGCAGCAGGCGGCUGGUGGUGCAGCAGGCGGGGAAGGCGGAUGCUGGGGAGUACAGCUGUGAGGCCGGGGGCCAGAAGGUGUCCUUCUGCCUGGAUGUCACAGAACCUACAGUGGUGUUUGCCAAGGAGCAGCCUGCACGCAGUGAGGUGCAGGCCAAGGCAGGGGCCAGCGCCACACUGAGCUGCGAGGUGGCCCAGGACAAGACAGAGGUGACAUGGUACAAGGACGGGAAGAAGCUGAGUGCGAGCUCCAAAGUGCACGUGGAGGCCAAGGGCUGUAGCAGGAGGCUGGUGGUGCAACAGGUGGGGAAGGUGGAUGCUGGGGAGUACAGCUGUGAGGCCGGGGGCCAGAAGGUGUCCUUCCACCUGGAUGUCACAGAGCCUGCAGCUGUGUUUGCCAAGGAGCAGCCGGCACGCAGUGAGGUGCAGACCAAGGCAGGGGCCAGCGCCAUGCUAAGCUGUGAGGUGGCCCAGGCCCAGACGGAGGUGACAUGGUACAAGGAUGGGAAGAAACUGAGUGCGAGCUCCAGAGUGCGCGUGGAGGCCAAGGGCUGCAGCAGGCAGCUGGUGGUGCGGCAGGCAGGGAAGGUGGAUGCCGGGGAGUACAGCUGUGAAGCCGGGGGCCAGAAGGUGUCCUUCCUCCUGGAUGUCACAGAGCCCUCGGUCAUGUUUGCCAAGGAGCAGCCAGCACUCAGUGAGGUGCAGGCCAAGGCGGGGGCCAGUGCCACACUGAGCUGCGAGGUGGCCCAGGCCCAGACGGAGGUGACGUGGUACAAGGACGGGAAGAAGCUGAGUGCCAGCUCCAGAAUGCGUGUGGAGGCCAAGGGCUGCAGCAGGAAGCUGGUGAUGCAGCAGGCAGGGAAGGCGGACGCCGGGGAGUACAGCUGUGAGGCCGGGGGAGAGAAGGUGUCCUUCCACCUGGAUGUCACAGAGCUGGAGCCUGAGACCCCCACGGUGGAGAGACCUGGCCGCAGAGAGCCUCUGGUGGUCAGGGAGCACGAGGACAUUGUCCUGACCACCAUGCUGGCUACGCCCUCCGUGGCCGCAGUGACGUGGCUCAAGGAUGGCGUGGAGAUCCGCCGCAGCAAGCGGCACGAAACGACCAGCCUGGGGGACACCCACACCCUGACGAUCCGCGGCGCGCAAACCCUGGACACCGCAGUGUACAGCUGCCGCGUGGGCGCAGAUGGGCAGGACUUCCCAGUGCAGGUGGAAGAGGUGGCCGCUAAGUUCUGCCGGCCCCUGGAGCCUGUGAGCGGGGAGCUAGGUGGCACGGUGACGCUGGCCUGUGAGCUGAGCCCACCGCAGGCCGAGGUGGUGUGGCGCUGCGGGAGCACGCAGCUCCGGGCUGGCAAGCGCUUCCAGAUGGAAGCCGCAGGGCCCCGGCGCUCGCUCACCGUGUCCGGCCUUCGGCUGGAGGAUGCGGGGCAGUAUGCGUGUGAGACCCGGGAUGACUGCACCAGCGCGCAGCUCUCCGUCAGCGCCCCCCGCAUGGUCAAGUUCAUGUCUGGGUUGAGCGCCGUGGUGGCGGAAGAGGGCCAGGAGGCCACCUUCCAGUGCGUGGUGUCCCCCAGCGAUGCAGCAGUCAGGUGGUUCCGGGACGGCGCGUUGCUGCAGCCCAGUGAGAAGUUCCUCAUCUCACAGAGUGGCGCGAGCCACAGCCUGACCAUCUUGGGCGUGACCCUGGACGACCCAGGCCAGAUCACCGCAGAGGCCGAGGGGGUCUCCUCCGCUGCUGCCCUCCGGGUGCGAGAGGCUCCAGUGCUGUUCAGAAAGAAGCUGGAGCCACAGACGGUGGAGGAGCGGAGCUCAGUGGCCAUGGAGGUAGAGCUGACACGGCCAUGGCCCGAGGUCAAGUGGACACGGAACGCAGUGGCCCUGGCACCAGGCAAGAACGUGGAGAUUCACGCCGAGAGCACCAGGCACCGCUUGGUUCUUCACUGCGUGGGUUUUGCCGACCGCGGCUUUUAUGGCUGUGAGACUCCAGACGACAAGACGCAGGCCAAGCUCACUGUGGAAAUGCGCCAGGUCCGGCUUGUGCGGGGCCUGCAGGCGGUGGAGGUGUGGGAGCAGGGCACAGCCACCAUGGAUGUGGAGCUGUCACACGACAACGUGGAGGGCAGCUGGACGCGAGACAGUGUGCGGCUGCAGCCAGGGUCCACGUGCCAGCUGGCCGUGCAAGGCCCCAUCCACACCCUCAUCUUGUCGGGGCUGCGGCCGCAGGAUAGUGGCCUCAUCGCCUUCAAAGCCGAGGGGGUGCACACGUCUGCACGGCUCACGGUCACUGAGCUGCCUGUGAGGUUCAGCCGCCCUCUGCAGGAUGUGGUGGCCACAGAGAAGGACAGGGUGACCUUGGAGUGUGAGCUGUCUCGCCCCAACGUGGACGUGCGCUGGCUGAAGGACGGCGUGGAGCUUAGGGUGGGCAAGACAGUGGGCAUGGUGGCCCAGGGUGCCUGUCGGAGUCUCAUCAUUUUCCGCUGUGAGCUUGGUGACCAGGGCGUGUACGUGUGCGAUGCUCAUGAUGCUCAGAGCUCAGCCUCCCUGAAGGUGCAAGGUCGUAACAUCCAGAUCGUGAGGCCCCUGGAGGAUGUGGAGGUGAUGGAAAAGGAGGGCGCCACCUUCUCUUGCAAGAUCUCUCACGAUGAGGUGCCAGCCCAGUGGUUCUGGGAGGGCAGUAAGCUUCGGCCCAGUGACAAUGUGCGCAUCCGCCAGGAAGGGAGGACAUACACCCUCAUCUACCGGAGGGUCCUGGCAGAAGAUGCAGGAGAGAUCAGAUUUGUAGCUGAAAAUGCAGAAUCUCGAGCUGAGCUCCGAGUCAAAGAGCUGCCGGUGACCAUCCUGCGCCCACUUCGGGACAAAAUAGCCAUGGAGAGACACCGCGGUGUGCUGGAGUGCCAGAUGUCCAGGGCCAGCGCCCAGGUGCAGUGGUUCAAGGGCAGCGUGGAGCUGCAGUCAGGACCCAAGUACGAGAUGGUCAGCGACGGCCUCUACCGCAAGCUGAUCAUCAACGACGUGCAGCCGGAGGAUGAGGACACCUACACGUGCGACGCUGGCAACGUGAAGACCAGUGCCCAGUUCUUUGUGGAAGAGCAAUCCAUCACCAUCGUGCGGGGCCUGCAGGAUGUGACUGUGAUGGAGCCCGCACCUGCCUGGUUCGAAUGCGAGACCUCCAUCCCCUCGGUGCGGCCGCCCAAGUGGCUCCUGGGAAAGACAGUGCUCCAGGCUGGGCCCACCGUGGGCAUGGAGCAGGAGGGCACGGUGCACCGGCUGACGCUGCGACGAACCUGCUCCACCAUGACUGGGCCGGUGCACUUCACCAUCGGCAAGUCGCGCUCCACCGCACGCCUGGUGGUCUCUGACAUCCCCAUGGUGCUCACACGGCCCCUGGAGCCCAAGGCGGGGCGCGAGCUGCAGUCGGUGGUCCUGUCCUGCGACUUCAAGCCGGCCCCCAAGGCCGUGCAGUGGUACAAGGAGGACACGCCCCUGGCGCCCUCCGACAAGUUCAAGAUGAGGCUGGAGGGCCACAUGGCAGAGCUGCGCGUCCUCCGGCUCACGCCCGCGGACGCCGGCGUCUACCGGUGCCAGGCCGGCAGUGCCCAGAGCAGCGCUGAGGUCACGGUGGAAGCGCGCGAGGUUACAGUGAUGCAGCCGAUGCAGGACGCAGAAGCCACGGAGGAGGGCAGCGCCUGCUUCUCGUGUGAGCUGUCCCAUGAGGACGAGGAGGUCGAGUGGUCACUCAACGGCACACCUCUGUACAACGACAGCUUCCACGAGAUCUCCCACGAAGGCCGUCGCCACACGCUGGUGCUGAAGCGGGUUCGGCGGGCCGACGCCGGCCUUGUGCGCGCCUGCUCCCCCAAGGUGUCGGUCACUGCCCGCCUGGAGGUCAAAGCAAAGCCGGUGGUGUUCCUGAAAGCGCUGGACGAUGUGUCCGCGGAGGAGCGGGGCACGCUGGCCCUGCAGUGCGAGAUCUCAGACCCCCAGGCCCGCGUGGUGUGGCGCAAGGACGGGGUGGAGCUGGUCCCUAGUGACAAGUACGACUUCCUGCACACGGCGGGCACGCGCGGGCUCGUGGUGCACGACCUGAGCUGGGAAGACACCGGCCUCUACACUUGCAGUGUGGGCUCCGAGGAGACCAGCUCCAGAGUCAGCGUGCACGACCUGCACGUGGGCAUCACCAAGAGGCUGAAGUCGGUGGAGGUGCUGGAGGGCCAGAGCUGCACCUUUGAGUGUGUCCUGUCCCAUGAGAACCCCAGCGAUGUGGCCAUAUGGACAGUUGGCGGGAAGACAGUGGGUGGCUCUGGCCGCUUCCGGGCCACACGCCAGGGCCGCAAAUACACCUUGGUUGUUCAAGAUGUGGCUCCUGGAGAUGCUGGGGAGGUGGUGUUCUCCGUGCGGGACCUCACCUCCAAGGCCUCCCUCAUCAUCAGAGAGAGGCCGGCAGGUAUCACGAAGCCUCUAGAAGACCAGCAGGCUGCUCCGGGUGAGGAUGUGGUGAUGAGCUGUGAGCUGUCUCGGGCCGGGACCCCGGUGCGCUGGCUAAAGGACGGGAAGGCCAUUCGCAAGAGUCAGAAGUAUGACCUGGUCACGGAAGGCACUUGGGCCACUCUGGUGGUCCGUGCGGUGUCGCUCAAGGAUUCAGGAGAAUACACGUGUGAGACAGAAGCUUCCAAGAGCACGGCGAGUCUCCGUGUGGAAGAAAAGGCCAACUGGUUCACAGACAAGCUGACCGACCUGCACGUGGAAGAGAAGGGCACAGCCGUGUUCACGUGCAAGACAGAGCGUCCCGCAGCUGUGGUGAUCUGGCGCAAGGGCCUCACGGAGCUGCAUGCCUCUGGGAAGCAUGCACCCAGCCAGGAGGGCCUGACCCUGAGGCUCACCAUCAGCGCCUUGGAGAAGGCGGACAGCGACACCUACACCUGUGACAUCGGCCAGGCCUGUUCCCAGGCCCGGCUCCUGGUGCAAGGCCGGAAAGUGCUCAUCACGGAGGAUCUGGAGGACAUGGAGGUACGUGAGGGCUCCUCGGCCACCUUCUCUUGUCGCAUCUCUCCUGCCGACUACGAGCCUGUCCACUGGUUCCUGGACAAGACGCCCCUGCACCCGAAUGAGCUCAAUGAGAUUGAGGUUCAGCCAGGUGGCUACCACGUGCUGACCCUGCGACAGCUGGCGCUCAAGGACUCAGGCACCGUCCACUUUGAGGCAGGGGACCAGCGGACCUCAGCUGCCCUUCGGGUCACAGAAAAGCCAAGUGUCUUCUCCCGGGAGCUCACGGAUGCCACGGUCACAGAGGGGGAGGAUCUGACCUUGGUCUGUGAGACUACCGCCCUGGACAGCCCCGUGUGCUGGACCAAGGAUGGAAAGACCCUGCGGCCAUCAGCCCGGUGCCAGCUGAGCCAGGAGGGCCACCGGGCCCAGCUGGUCAUCAAGGGUACCACUGUGCAGGACGGUGGGCGCUACAAGUGUGAGGCCAGGGGCUCCUGGAGCAGCUCCAUUGUCAGGGUCCAUGCACGGCCGGUGCGGUUCCGUGAGGGGCUGAAGGACCUGGAGGUGCCGGAGGGUGGAGCUGCCACACUGCGCUGUGUGCUGUCAUCCAUGGCCGCGCCUGUGGAGUGGCGCCGUGGAGAUGAGGUUCUGCGGCCCGGAGGCAAGUACAGCCUGCGUCAGGAGGGCGCAGUGCUGGAGCUGGUGGUCCGGGACCUGCGGCCCCAGGACACCGGGCAGUACUCCUGCCACUUCGGGGACCAGAUGACCUUGGCCAUGCUCACAGUGAAGGCCCUGCCUGCUGAGUUCAUAGGGAGACUGAGAAGCAAGGAGGCCUCAGAAGGGGCCACAGCCACGCUGUGCUGUGAGCUGAGCAAGGAGGCUCCCGUGGAGUGGAGGAAGGGGUCUGAGACCCUCAGAGCCGGGGACAGAGUCAGCCUGAGGCAGGACGGGACCAUGUGUGAGCUGGAGAUCCGUGGCCUGGCCGUGGCAGAUGCUGGGGAGUACUCGUGUGUGUGUGGGCAGGAGAGGACUUCAGCCAUGAUGACCGUCAGGGCCCUGCCUGCUGAGUUCAUAGGGAGACUGAGAAACAAGGAUGCCACAGAAGGGGCCACAGCCACUCUGCACUGUGAGCUGAGCAAGGAGGCCCCUGUGGAGUGGAGGAAAGGGUCUGAGACCCUCAGAGCUGGGGGCAGAGUCAGCCUGAGACAGGAUGGGACCAUGUGUGAGCUGGAGAUCUGUGACCUGGCUGUGGUGGACGCUGGGGAAUACUCAUGUGUGUGCGGGCAGGAGAGGACGUCGGCCACACUGACUGUCAGGGCCCUGCCCGCCAAGUUCAUAAAGAGCCUGAGGAAGGAAGAGGCCACAGAAGGGGCCACAGCAAAGCUGCACUGUGAGUUAAGCAAGGUGGCCCCCGUGGAGUGGAAGAAGGGGUCUGAGACCCUCAGAGCUGGGGACAGAGUCAGCCUGAGGCAGGACAGGACUGUGUGUGAGCUGGAGAUCCAUGGCCUGGCUGUGGCAGAUGCCGGGGAGUACUCGUGUGUGUGCGGGCAGGAGAAGACUUCGACCACGCUGACUGUCAGAGCCCUGCCCGCCAAGUUCACAAAGAGCCUGAGGAAGGAAGAGGCCACAGAAGGGGCCACGGCCACUCUGCACUGUGAGCUGAGCAAGGAAGCCCCCGUGGAGUGGAGGAAGGGGUCUGACACUGUCAGAGCCGGGGACAGAGUCAGCCUGAGGCAGGACAGGACUGUGUGUGAGCUGGAGAUCCGUGGCCUGACCAUGGAGGAUGCUGGGGAGUACUCGUGUGUGUGUGGGCAGGAGAGGACAUCAGCCACACUGACCGUCAGAGCCUUGCCUGCCAAGUUCACAAAGAGCCUGAGGAAGGAAGAGGCCACAGAAGGGGCCACGGCCACUCUGCACUGUGAGCUGAGCAAGGAGGCCCCUGUGGAGUGGAGGAAGGGGCCCAAGACCCUCAGACCUGGGGACAGAGUCAGCUUGAGGCAGGACGGGACCAUGUGUGAGCUGGAGAUCCGUGGCCUGACCAUGGAGGAUGCUGGGGAGUACUCGUGUGUGUGUGAGCAGGAGAGGACAUCGGCCACACUGACCGUCAGAGCACUGCCUGCUCAGUUCAUCCAAAAUCUGAAGACCCAGGAAGCCAUGGAAGGGGACACAGCCACACUGAACUGUGAGCUGAGCAAGGCAGCCCCUGUGCAGUGGAGGAAGGGGUCCAAGACCCUCAGAGCUGGAGACAGAGUGAGCCUGAGGCAGGAUGGGACCAUGUGUGAGCUGAAGAUCUGUGGCCUGGCCGUGGCAGAUGCUGGAGAGUACUCAUGCAUGUGUGGGCAGGAGAGGACGUCGGCCAUGCUGACCAUCAGGGCUGUGCCCGCCAAGUUCACAAAGAGCCUGAGAAAGGAAGAGGUCACAGAAGGGGUCACAGCAAAGCUACACUGUGAGUUAAGUAAGGCAUCCCCUGUGGAGUGGAGGAAGGGGUCCGUGACCCUCAGAGCUGGGGACAGAGUCAGCCUGAGGCAGGACGGAAACAUGUGUGAGCUGGAGAUCCGUGGUGUGGCCAUGGAGGAUGCCGGGGAGUACUCGUGUGUGUGCGGGCAGGAGAGGACAUCGGCCAUGCUGACUGUCAGGGGCCUGCCUGCCAAGUUCACAAAGAGCCUGAAGAAGGAAGAGGCCACGGAAGGGGCCACAGCAAAGCUGUGCUGUGAGUUAAGCAAGGUGGCCCCCGUGGAGUGGAGGAAGGGGUCUGAGACCCUCAGAGCUGGGGACAGAGUCAGCCUGAGGCAGGAAGGAAACGUGUGUGAGCUGGAGAUCCGUGGCCUGGAUGUGGUAGAUGCCGGGGAGUACUCGUGUGUGUGCGGGCAGGAGAGGACAUCAGCUAUGCUGACUGUCAGGGCCCUGCCCGCCAAGUUCACAAAGACCCUGAGGAAGGAAGAGGCCACGGAAGGGGCCACGGCCACGCUGCGCUGUGAGCUGAGCAAGGCGGUCCCCGUGGAGUGGAAGAAGGGGUCUGAGACCCUCAGAGCCGGGGACAGAGUGAGCCUGAGACAGGAUGGGACGGUGUGUGAGCUGGAGAUCCGUGACCUGGCCGUGGCAGAUGCCGGGGAGUACUCGUGUGUGUGCGGGCAGGAGAGAACGUCAGCCACGGUGACCGUCAGGGCUGUGCCCGCCAAGUUCACAAAGAGCCUGAGGAAUGAAGAGGCCACAGAAGGGGCCACAGCCAUGCUGCGCUGUGAGCUCAGCAAGGCGGUCUCUGUGGAGUGGACGAAGGGCUCUGAGACCCUCAGAGCUGGGGCCAGAGUCAGCCUGAGGCAGGAUGGGACAGCAUGUGAGCUGGAGAUCCGUGGCCUGGCUAUGGAAGAUGCUGGGGAGUACUCGUGCGUGUGCGGGCAGGAAAGGACAUCAGCCACUUUGACCAUCCAGGCUGUGUCCGCCAAGUUCACAAAGAGCCUGAGGAAGGAAGAGGCCACAGAAGGGGCCACAGCCAAGCUGUGCUGCAAGCUGAGCAAGGUGGCCCCUGUGGAGUGGAGAAAGGGGUCCAAGACCCUCAGAGCUGGGGACAGAGUCAGCUUGAGGCAGGACGGAAACAUGUGUGAGCUGGAGAUCCGUGGUGUGGCCAUGGAGGAUGCCGGGGAGUACUCGUGUGUGUGCGGGCAGGAGAGGACAUCGGCCAUGCUGACUGUCAAGGCCCUGCCUGCCAAGUUCACAAAGACCCUGAGGAAGGAAGAGGUCACAGAAGGGGCCACAGCCAAGCUGUGCUGCAAGCUGAGCAAGGUGGCCCCUGUGGAGUGGAGAAAGGGGUCCAAGACCCUCAGAGCUGGGGACAGAGUCAGCCUGAGGCAGGACGGAAACAUGUGUGAGCUGGAGAUCCGUGGUGUGGCCAUGGAGGAUGCCGGGGAGUACUCGUGUGUGUGCGGGCAGGAGAGGACAUCGGCCAUGCUGACUGUCAAGGCCCUGCCCGCCAAGUUCACAAAGACCCUGAGGAAGGAAGAGGCCACGGAAGGGGCCACGGCCACGCUGCGCUGUGAGCUGAGCAAGGCGGUCCCCGUGGAGUGGAAGAAGGGGUCUGAGACCCUCAGAGCCGGGGACAGAGUGAGCCUGAGACAGGAUGGGACGGUGUGUGAGCUGGAGAUCCGUGACCUGGCCGUGGCAGAUGCCGGGGAGUACUCGUGUGUGUGCGGGCAGGAGAGAACGUCAGCCACGGUGACCGUCAGGGCCCUGCCCGCCAAGUUCACAAAGACCCUGAGGAAGGAAGAGGCCACGGAAGGGGCCACGGCCACGCUGCGCUGUGAGCUGAGCAAGGCGGUCCCCGUGGAGUGGAAGAAGGGGUCUGAGACCCUCAGAGCCGGGGACAGAGUGAGCCUGAGACAGGAUGGGACGGUGUGUGAGCUGGAGAUCCGUGACCUGGCCGUGGCAGAUGCCGGGGAGUACUCGUGUGUGUGCGGGCAGGAGAGAACGUCAGCCACGGUGACCGUCAGGGCCCCACAGGUGGUAUUCAGAGAGCCACUCAGGAGCGUGCAGGCUGAGGAGGGUGCCUCGGCCACACUGCGGUGUGAGCUUUCCCAGCCCAAUGCUGCUGUGGUCUGGAGCAAGGGUGGCCUGGAGCUGCAGGCUGAUGGGCGCUGGGAGCCUCGGCAGUGGGGCUACACUGCGGAGCUCGUGCUGUGGGACCUGCGCAGAGAGGACGCGGGCGAGUACACUUGUGCCUGUGGACCCCAGGCCACCAGUGCUACCCUCACCGUUACAGCUGCACCGGUGCGCUUUCUCCGGGAGCUGCAGGCCCAGGAGGUGGAUGAAGGUGCCACUGCCCACCUGCGCUGUGAGCUGAGCCAAGAGGGUGCUAGUGUGGAGUGGCGCAAGGACUCCCUGCAGCUCUUCCCUUGUGCCAAGUACCAGAUGGUGCAGGAGGGAAGGGCUGCCGAGCUGUGGGUGCACCGCACUGAGCAGGAGGAUGCUGGCCACUAUACCUGUGACACGGGCCACGCGCAGAGCACGGCCAACCUCUCUGUCCGAGCCCCUAGGCCCACAUUCCAGAUGGAGCUGCAGAGCAUGGAGCAGGAGGCCGGCAGUGUGGCCCGGCUACGCUGCCAGCUGAGUGAGGCAGAGCCUAGAGUCCCAGUGCAGUGGCUCAAGGAGGGUGUGGAGCUGCAUGUGAGUCCCAAGUAUGAGAUACGGCGUGUGGGGACCAUGUGCGAGCUGCUGAUCCAUGGGCUGGAGGCCAAGGACACGGGCGAGUACGUCUGCAUGGCCGGUGGUCAGAAAACCAUGGCUUCUGUCAUGGUCAAAGAGCCUGAGGUGACCAUUGUUCGGGGGCUGGAGGAUGCCGAGGUGCAGGUCGACGGGGAGGUGGAGUUCAGUUGUGAGGUGUCACGGGCUGGGGCCAUGGCUGUGGAGUGGCACCUCCAGGGCCUGCCACUACAGAACAACGAGGUGACAGAGCUGGCCGUGCGGGGUGGCCGCACCCACACGCUGCGGCUGAAGGGCGUGACCCCUGAGGAUGCGGGCACUGUCUCCUUCCACGUGGGCGCCCACACAUCCUCUGCCCAGCUCACUGUCCGAGUCCCUGAUGUGAGCAUCCUGGAGCCCCUGCAGGAUGUACAGCUCAGUGAGGGCCAGGACGCCCACUUCCGGUGCCAGCUAUCCAGGGCCUGCGGCCAGGAGGCCCGCUGGGCCCUGGGAGGGGUGCCCCUGCAGGCCAAUGAGAUGAAUGACAUCACCGUGGAGCAUGGCACACUGCAUCUGCUCACCCUGCACAAGGUGACCCUGGAAGAUGCGGGAACCAUCAGCUUCCAAGUGGGCUCAUGUAGCUCAGAAGCCCAGCUGAAGGUCACAGCCAAGAACACAGUGGUGCGCGGCCUGGAGAACGUGGACGCACUCGAAGGCGGCGAGGCGCUGUUCGAGUGCCAGCUGUCCCGCCCCGAGGUGGCCGCCCACACCUGGUUGCUGGACGAUGAGCCUGUGCGAACCUCCGAGAACGUGGAGGUGGUCUACUUCGAGAACGGCCUGCGGCACCUGCUGCUGCUCAAAAACCUGCGGCCGCAGGACAGCUGCCGGGUGACCUUCCUGGCGGGGGACGUGGUGACGUCCGCAUUCCUCACAGUCAGAGGCUGGCGCCUGGAGGUACUGGAGUCCCCGCAGGACGCGGCCGUGCGAGCCGGUGGGCAGGUCCGCUUCAGCUGCACGCUCAGUGAGGCGGUGCCGGUGGGCGAGGCGACGUGGUACAUCAACGGGGCCGCCGUGCAGCCGGACGACCGCAACUGGACGGUCACCGCCGACGGCAGCCACCACACCCUGCAGCUGCGCAGUGCCCAGCCACAGCACGCUGGCGAGGUCACCUUUGCCGCCCGCGACGCUGUGGCCUCCGCGCGGCUCACCGUGCUAGGCCUCCCAGACCCUCCAGAGGACGCAGAGGUGGUGGCGCGCAGCGGCCGUUCGGUAACGCUGUCCUGGGUGGCGCCUGCAAGUGACGGUGGCGGCGGUCUCUGCGGCUAUAGGGUGGAGAUGAAGGCGGCGGCCACAGGCGAGUGGCGGCUGUGCCAUGAGCUGGUGCCUGGGCCUGAGUGCGUGGUGGACGGCCUGGCCCCCGGGGAGACCUACCGCUUCCGCGUGGCAGCAGUGGGCCCAGCGGGGGCUGGGGAGCCCGUGCACCUGCCGCAGACAGUGAAGCUCGAGCCCCUGGAGCCAGUGCCUGCGGCCAGUGCCCCCGUGCCUGCGGUCCCUGCCCCCGUGUCUUCAGUCCCCGUGCCUGUGGCCCCGGUUCCUGCGCACCCAGCUCCCACACCUCCCGCUCCCGAGAGCCGGCAGGUGGCUGCUGGCGAGGACGUGUGUCUGGAGUGUGAGGUGGCCGAGGCGGGCGAGGUGGUGUGGCUGAAGGGGGCGGAGGUCAUCCAACCCAGCGGGCGCUUCCAGGUUCUCUGCCAGGGUCAGCGGCGGAUGCUGGUGAUCCGGGGCUUCUCAGCGGAGGACCAGGGGGAGUACCGCUGUGGCCUCACCCGAGACCCGGCCUCCUCUGCAGCUGCCUCCUUCCAGGUGGUGCUGACCACGGGAUCUGAGGACGAGGCCCCUGCACAGCCCAGCCUGCCCCCCGAGGCAGCCCAGGAGGGUGACCUGCACCUGCUGUGGGAGGCCCUGGCCCGGAAGCGUCGCAUGAGCCGUGAACCCACGCUGGACUCCAUCAGUGAGCUGCCCGAGGAGGAUGGUCGUUCACCACGCCCGCGGCAGGAGGUAGAAGAAGCGGCCCCAGAUCUCUCUGAGGACUACUCCACAGCAGACGAGCUGGCACGCACUGGCGAGGCCGACCUCUCGCACACCAGCUCUGACGACGAGUCCCGGGCAGGCACUCCCUCCCUGGUUACCUACCUCAAGAAGGCUGGGAAGCCCAGCACCUCACCACUGGCCGGCAAGCUUGGGAUCCCUGCAGUUGGGAAGCCACCGAAGCAUCAGGAACAGCCACCUUCAGUUCACCCACCCCCGGGAAGCCUGAGGGCUGAAGACCUGGGUGACCCAUCCAUGGACAAGGCAGCGGUGAAGAUCCAGGCUGCCUUCAAAGGCUACAAGGUCCGCAAAGAGAUGAAGCAGCAGGAAGGACCCGUGUUCUCCCGCACGUUUGGGGACACUGAGGCACAGGUGGGGGAUGUCCUGCGUCUAGAGUGUGUGGUGUCCAGCAAGGCGGAUGUGCGUGCUCGCUGGCUGAAGGACGGCGUGGAGCUGACUGACGGCCGGCACCACCACAUCGACCAGCUUGGGGACGGCACUUGCUGUCUGCUGGUGACGGGCCUGGGCCGUGCAGACGCUGGCCGCUACACCUGCCAGGUGAGCAGCAAGUUCGGCCACGUGGCCCACAGCGCCUGUGUGGUAGUCAGCGGGACGGAGAGCGAGGCGGAGAGCUCCUCGGGGGGCGAGCUGGAUGACGCCUUCCGCCGAGCAGCCCGGCGGCUGCACCGCCUGUUCCGCACCAAGGGCCCGGCCGAAGUAUCGGACGAAGAGAUCUUCCUGAGCGCAGACGAGGGCCCGGCGGAGCCGGAGGAGCCGGGGGACUGGCGGACGUACCGCGAAGAAGAGCACUUUGUCUACAUUCGCUUCGAGGCGCUUGCUGAGGCCCACCGUGCGGCCACCUGCUUCCGGGAGAUGUUUGGCACCAUGGGCAUCGGCGUGGACAUCAGCCUGUCAGAGCAGGGGCCCCGGGUGGAGAUGCGCAUCAGCAAGGUGGCUCCUGCCCCCGCAGCAGCUCAGGAGGUGGUGCCCCGGCCGCUGACCACAGAUGCCGCCCCAGUGUUCCUGACUGAGCUGCAGAAUCAGGAGGUGCAGGACGGGUACCCCGUGAGCUUCGACUGUGUGGUGACAGGCCAGCCGGUGCCCACUGUGUGCUGGUUCAAGGACGGCAGGAUGCUGGAGGAGGAUGACCACUACAUGAUCAGUGAGGACCAACAGGGCGGCCACCAGCUCAUCAUCACUGCAGUGGUGCCUGCAGACAUGGGUGUCUACCGCUGCAUGGCUGAGAACAGCAUGGGUGUGUCAUCCACCAAGGCAGAGCUCCGUGUGGACCUGACCAGCACGGACUAUGAAACUGCGGCCGAUGCCACGGAGACCUCCUCCUACUUCAGCGCCCAAGGCUACCUGUCCAGCCGGGAGCAAGAGGGCACGGAGUCUACCUCAGAGGAGGGGCAGCUGCCCCAGGUGGUGGAGGAGAUGAAGGACCUCCAGGUGGCCCCUGGCACACGCCUGGCCAAGUUCCAGCUCAAAGUGAAAGGCUACCCAGCGCCACGGCUGUACUGGUUCAAAGACGGGCAGCCCCUGACGGCUUCUGCACACAUCCGCAUGGCUGACAGGAAGACGCUUCACACCCUGGAGGUUGUAUCUGUCACCAAGGAGGAUGCUGGCCAGUACUCAGCCUACAUUAGCAACGCCGUGGGCGCCGCCUACUCAUCAGCCCGGCUGCUGGUCCGAGGCCCCAAAGAUCCCGAAGAGAAGCCAGAAUCAGAUGUGUACCAGCAGCUGGUGCCGCCCCGAUUCCUGGAAAGAUUCACCUCCAAGAAAGUGAAGAAAGGCUCCAGCAUCACCUUUUCAGUGAAGGUGGAAGGGUGCCCGGCCCCAGCCGUGCACUGGCUGCGGGAGGAGGCUGAGCGAGGCGUGCUGUGGAUUGGCCGUGACACGCCAGGCUACACGGUGGCCAGCUCUGCACAGCAGCACAGUCUGGUCCUGCUGGAUGUGGGCAGACAGCACCAGGGCACAUACACCUGCAUCGCCAGCAACAGCGCUGGCCAGGCCCUCUGCUCUGCUAGCCUGCACAUCUCUGGCCUGCCCAAGGAGGCAGGGGCAGCAGAGGAGCAUGCUGGGGUGAAGGAGGCCCUCAUCUCCACCUUCCUGCAGGGGACCCAAGCCGUCUCCACGCAGAUGUCAGAACCUGCAGGUUUCACUGAUCUUGCUGGGCAGAGGAAAGGAGAGCCCAUGGCGGUGGAGGCCCGUAGCCACUUGUCCCUGGCUGAGGUGGGCACAGAGGAGUUCCUGCAGAAGCUCACCUCCCAGAUCACAGAGAUAGUGUCGGCCAAGAUCACGCAGGCCAAGUUGCAGGUGCCUGGAGGUGACAGUGAUGAGGAAUCUAAGACACCGUCUGCAUCCCCCUGGCAUGGCCGUUCCCGCCCCUCCUCCAGCGUCCAGGAGUCAUCCUCAGAGUCGGAGGAUGGGGACUCCCGUGGCGAGAUCUUCGACAUCUAUGUGGUCACGGCUGACUACUUGCCCCUGGGGGCCGAGCAGGAUGCCAUCUCACUGCGGGAGGGCCAGUAUGUGGAAGUGCUGGACUCUGCCCACCCGCUGCGCUGGCUUGUGCGCACCAAGCCCACCAAGUCCAGCCCCUCACGGCAGGGCUGGGUGUCCCCUGCCUACCUGGACAGGCGGCUCAAGCUGUCACCCGAGUGGGGGCCCACUGAGGCCCCCGAGUUCCCGGGGGAGGCCGUGUCUGAGGAUGAAUACAAGACAAGGCUAAGCUCCAUCAUCCAGGAGCUGCUGAGCUCUGAGCAGGCCUUUGUGGGCAAGCUGCAGUUCCUGCAAAGCCACCACAUGCAGCACCUGGACCGCUGCCCCCAUGUACCUGUGGCUGUGGCCUCCCAGAAGGCUGUCAUCUUUCGAAAUGUGCAGGACAUCAGCCAUUUCCACAGCAGCUUCCAGAGGGAGCUGCAGCAGUGUGACACGGAUGAUGAUGUGGCCAUGUGCUUCAUCAAGAACCAGGCGGCCUUUGAGAAGUACCUGGAGUUCCUGGUAGGCCGCAUACAAGCCGAGUCUGCGGUGGUCAGCACAGCAGUGCAGGAGUUCUACAAGAAAUACACGGAAGACGUGCUGUCAGCCUUAGACCCCUCGCAGCCACCACCACCGCCCCUGCAGCACUUCCUGGAACAGCCUGUGGAGCGGGUCCAGCAGUACCAGGCCCUGCUCAAGGAGCUGAUCCGCAACAAGGCGAGGAACAGGCAGAACUGCGCGCUGUUGGAGCAGGCGUAUGCCGUGGUGUCGGCCCUGCCGCAGCGCGCUGAGAACCAACUGCACGUGUCGCUCAUGGAGAACUACCCAGGCACCCUGCAGGCCCUGGGCGAGCCCAUCCGCCAGGGCCACUUCAUCGUGUGGGAGGGGGCGCCGGGCGCACGGAUGCCCUGGAAGGGCCACCAUCGGCAUGUCUUCCUGUUCCGCCACCACCUGGUGGUCUGCAAGCCCAGACGGGAUUCCCGCACCGACACCUUCAGCUAUGUCUUCCGGAACAUGAUGAAGCUGAGCAGCAUCGACCUGAAUGACCAGGUGGAGGGUGAUGACCGCGCCUUCGAGGUUUGGCACGAGCGAGAGGACUCUGUGCGCAAGUAUCUGCUGCAGGCGCGGACGGUCAUCACCAAGAAUUCCUGGGUGAAGGAGAUCUGCGGCAUCCAGCAGCGCCUGGCCCUGCCCGUGUGGCAACCCCCAGAUUUCGAAGAGGAGCUGGCAGACUGCACAGCCGAGCUGGGUGAGACUGUCAAGCUGGCCUGCCGUGUGACAGGCACACCCAAGCCCAUCGUCAGCUGGUACAAAGACGGGAAGCCAGUGGAAGUGGACCCUCACCACAUCCUCAUCGAGGACCCCGAUGGCUCAUGUGCCCUCAUUCUGGACAACCUGACUGGCGUGGACUCCGGCCAGUACAUGUGCUUCGCAGCCAGUGCUGCUGGCAAUGCCAGCACCCUAGGCAAGAUACUGGUGCAAGUACCCCCACGGUUUGUGAAAAAGGUCCGGGCAGUGCCCUUUGUGGAGGGAGAGGACGUUCAGGUCACCUGUACCAUCGAAGGUGCCCCACACCCCCAGAUCAGAUGGUACAAGGACGGGGCCCUGCUGACACCCAGCGGCAAAUACCGAACCCUGAACGAGCCCCGCAGUGGCCUGCUGGUGUUGGAGAUCUUGGCGGCCAACAAGGAGGACCUGGGCCACUAUGAGUGCGAGUUGGUGAACCGGCUGGGCUCUGCGAGGGGCGGGGCAGAGCUGUGCAUGCAGAGCCCAGCUGUGCGAGCCCGGGAACAACGUCGCAGAGAGCAGCUUGCAGCUGUGGAAGAUGCUGCUGCCCCUCCCCCAGUUGCCCUGGAGCCAGCAGACAAGGAGAUCACGUCUGUUCCAAGGACGCUGGUGUGCCCCGAGGCUCCAGGACCCUCCACAGGGGACCACGCUGGCCCCAUCCCUGGCCCUGGGGGGCCACCCAAAAUCCAGGAGGCUGGCCCCAAACUCCUAGGCACGGAGGUUGCAGAUGCAUCUGGUGAGGCCCAGUGGCCUCAGGCUGACCACAAAGUGCCACCUGCUCUCAGGGUCCCCCCUGUGCUGGCUUCAACCUUGGCCACCCCAGCUGAGCCUCAGAAGGUGCCAGAGCCUCUUCCCCAGGAGGGCCAGGAGCAGGACUUGGGGGCCCAUGCUGAGGCCCAGGGACGCACUGUGCCCAUCCGGAUGGAGGGUACAGCCUGGCCGGGAGCAGGAGCAGUGGACCUAUGGGACAUCCACAGCCAGGUGUUCAUGGAGACCACGCAUCGGACAUACGUGUACCAGGCCAGCGACACGGGUGCCACAAGGCCCCCAUCUAUGCAGGUCACCAUCGAAGACGUGCAGGCACAGAGGGGCAGCACCGCGCAGUUCCAAGCGGUCAUCGAGGGCAACCCGCAGCCCACAGUGACCUGGUACCGGGAUGAUGCCCAGGUGGUGGACGGCGUCCGGCUCAGCCAGCAGCGGGAAGGGACUACCUACUCCCUGGUGCUAAGGGACGUGACCCAGCAGGACGCAGGCGUCUACACCUGCCUGGCCCAAAACGCUGGUGGCCAGGUGCUGUGUAAAGCGGAGCUGGUGGUCCACGGGGGAGACAGCGAGCCUGACACUGAGAAGCAAAGCUAUCGAAGGAAGCUGCACUCCUUCUAUGAGGUCAAGGAGGAAAUUGGAAGGGGCGUGUUCGGCUUCGUGAAGAGGGUGCAGCACAAGGGAAACCAGAUGUUCUGCGCGGCCAAGUUCAUCCCCCUACGGAGCAGGACGCGCACCCAGGCGUACCGCGAGAGGGACAUCCUGGCCACGCUCAGCCACCCGCUGGUCACAGGGCUGCUUGACCAGUUUGAGACCCGGAAGACCCUGAUCCUUGUCCUGGAGCUGUGCUCCUCAGAGGAGCUGCUGGACCGGCUGUUCAAGAAGAGUGUGGUGACCGAAGCUGAGGUCAAGAUGUACAUCCAGCAGCUGGUAGAAGGGCUGCAUUAUCUGCACGGCCAGAGCAUUCUCCAUUUGGACAUAAAGCCCCCAAAUAUCCUGAUGGUGCAUCCUGCUCGGGAGGACAUUAAAAUCUGCGACUUCGGCUUUGCCCAAAAAAUCACCCCAGUAGAGCCACAAUACAGCAAGUAUGGCUCCCCAGAGUUUGUAUCCCCUGAGAUCAUUGAGCAGACUCCCGUGAGCGAGGCCUCGGACAUCUGGGCCAUGGGGGUCAUCUCCUAUCUCAGCCUGACCUGCUCGUCACCGUUUGCCGGUGAGAGUGACCGAGCCACCCUCCUGAAUGUGCUGGAGGGGCGGGUGUCUUGGAGCAGCCCCAUGGCUGCCCACCUCAGCGAGGAUGCCCAGGAAUUUAUCAAGGCUGCCCUGCAGAGGGCCCCAGAGGCCCGACCCAGCGCAGCCAAGUGCCUGGCCCACCCUUGGUUCCAGAAGUCCGUGCCCGCGGAGGAAGCCCACUUCAUCAACACCAAGCAACUCAAGUUCCUGCUAGCCCGCAGCCGCUGGCAGCGCUCCCUGAUGAGCUACAAGUCCAUCCUGGUGAUGCGCUCCAUUCCCGAGCUGCUCCAGGGCCCGCCCGACAGCCCGUCCCUCGGGGUGGCCCGGCACCUGCACGAAGGCGCCAGCGCCGCCUCCAGCAGCUCGUCCUCGUCCUCCGACAACGAGCUGGCACCCUUCGCCCGGGCCAAAUCGCUGCCGCCCUCUCCGGUGACCCACUCCCCGCUGCUGCACCCGCGGGGCUUCUUGCGGCCUUCCGCUAGCCUGCCAGAGGAGGCCGAGGCUUGCGCGUCUGCCGCCGCCGCGCCUCGGCCGGCGUCGCCCCCAGGUGCAGAGGUGCCUGCUGCCCCGGGCUGCGUUCCCAGGCAGAGCGUCAUCCGCAGCCUCUUCUACCAGCAGGCAGGCGAGGCCCCGGAGCGCGGAGGCCCCGCCAUGGGCGGCAGGCGGCACCCCGCCCGGCGGAGGCACCUGCUCAAGGGCGGCUACUUCGCAAAGGCCCUGCCCGGCCUGCGGGAGCCGCUGCUGGAGCAUCGCGCGCUGGAGGAGGAGGCCGCCCGGGAGGAGCAGGCCGCUCUGAUGGCCAAAGUGCCCUCCUUCGAGACUGCCCUGCGGCUGCCUGGCUCCAGCGCCCGAGUGGCACCCGGCCGCAGCCGAUCCCUGGAGCUCGACCAGCCACACUCCACCAGCUCCUCCACUGAGGCCUGUGGCGGGGGGCAGUGCCCUGCCCCAGGCCUCUCAGGCCUCCAGAUAGCCUCAGGGGAGAGCCUGCCAGGAGGGGUCACAUGUGCCCAGGAGAUGCAGCGUCCAGAGGGAUCCCAGCAGGGGCCAAGACUAUUGCCAUCCAUCGGGGGCCUCCCAGGGGCUGCUCAGCAAGAGGGGUCAUCCCAGGACAGCUGUGGGUGGCAGCCUGCCCCUUCCUUCCAGCCCCAGUGGGGUCCCGCUCCCCUGCAAGGCUGUGGCCCCCCUAAGGCUGUUACACCACAACUUUCUGGCUCCUUCCCUUCAGAGCAGUGCACGGGGCCCCUCUGGGCAUCCUCCAGCCCCUUCCUCUCGGGGGAGACCCAGGCUUCCCUCUCCCCAGCCCAAGAAAGCUGCCAGCCAGGCUCUAUGGAGAGUCCAAAGGACACUUGUCUCCCUGGGAGGCUGAGUCCCCCUAGCUCCUCAGGGCUGGCUUCCCAGGUGGGCACGGGGCCUGGUCCCUCCCAGGAUGCCACCCUGGAGCUGGAGGAUGCAUCAGAACCGGAGCCCAGCCCACAGCGGCCUCAGGAACAGGCCACCAUGCGGAAGUUCUCCCUGGGGCAACGUGGGGGCUACGCAGGAGUGGCGGGUUAUGGCACCUUUGCCUUUGGUGGGGAUGCAGGGGGCAUGCUGGGGCAGGGUCCCCUGUGGGCCAGGAUGGCCUGGGCCACCUCUCAGUCCUCAGAGGAGCAUGAUGACACUGGGGCUCAGAGCCCACCCCCCCAGGCCAGUGCAGCGCCCCUUCCCGAGAGCAGCGGGGCACCCCCAAGGGCCUCCCCAGAGCUGAGCUCGUGGGAAGACUUCGGCAGGGGCUCCCAGGUGUCCCUGGUGCAGAUCCGAGACCUGUCUGGGGACUCAGAAGCAGCGGACACCGUGUCCCUGGACAUCUCAGAGGUGGAGCCUGCCUACCUCAACCUGUCCGACCUGUAUGACAUCAAGUACCUCCCUUUUGAGUUCAUGAUCUUCAGGAAGGUCCCCAAGCCUGUGGAACCAGAGUCACCUUCCUCCCCGGAAUCCGAGGCAGAGGAGGAGCUGGCUGAGUUCCCAGAGGCCGCGUGGCCCUGGCCAGGCGCACUGGGUCCACCAGCCAGCCUGCAGAUCACAGAGGAGCCAGAGGACACGGAGACCCUGCUCGGGGAGGCCACUGGCAGUAGGAAGCGGAAAUGGUCACCACCCUCCGGUGGCCUCUUCCACCUCCCCAGGAGACACAUGCUGGAGGAGCCCCUGGAGCUGGGACUGCGCAGGAGGGUGAGGGCCUCGGUGGCCCACAUCUCCCGCCUCCUGAAGGGCAGGCCGGAAGGUCUGGAGAAAGAGAGCCCCCCCAGGAAGAAGGCAGGCCUGGCUUCCUUUCGGCUGGGCCUGAAAAGCAAGGACCGAGCGCCAUCCUUUCUAAGGGAGCUCUCAGAUGAAACGGUGGUCUUGGGCCAGUCAGUGACUCUUGCCUGCCAAGUGUCAGCCCAGCCAGCUGCACAGGCCACCUGGAGCAAAGAUGGGACUCCCCUGGAGAGUAGCAGCCGCCUCCUUAUCUCCUCCACACUCAAGAACUUCCAGCUCCUGACCAUCCUGGUGGUGAAUGCUGAUGACCUGGGAGUGUACACGUGCAGCGUUCACAACACGCUGGGGACUGCGGCCACCACGGCCGUCCUCCGGAAGGCAGAGCGCCCCUCGUCUUCCCCCCGCCCGGACAUCGGGGAGGUAUAUGCCGACGGGGUGCUGCUGGUCUGGAAACCCGUGGAGUCAUACGGCCCCGUAACCUACAUUGUGCAGUGCAGCUUGGAAGGUGGCAGCUGGAACACCCUGGCUUCUGACAUCUUCGACUGCUGCUAUGGCGCCAGCAAGCUUUCGAGGGGCGGCACAUACAUCUUCCGCACGGCCUGCGUCAGCAAGGCGGGCAUGGGUCCUUACAGCAGCCCCUCAGAGCCGGUCCUCCUGGGAGGGCCCAGCCACCUGGCCUCUGAGGAGGACAGCAGCGCCUCGAGGCCAGCCCAGCCCCUCCCCAGCACGCAGACGUUCGCCUUCCAGACGCAGAUCCGAAGGGGCCGCUUCAGCGUGGUGCGGCAGUGCCGGGAGAAGGCCAGCGGACGCGCGCUGGCUGCGAAGAUCGUUCCCUAUCGCCCCGAGGACAGGACUGCCGUACUGCGCGAAUACGAGGCUCUCAAGAGCCUGCGCCACCCGCACCUGGCCCAGCUGCAGGCCGCCUACCUCAGCCCCCGGCACCUGGUCCUCAUCUUGGAGCUUUGCUCGGGACCCGAGCUGCUCCCCUGCCUGGCGGAGAGGGUCUCCUACUCAGAGUCGGAGGUGAAGGAUUACCUAUGGCAGAUGCUUAGCGCCGCCCAGUACCUGCACGCCCAGCGCAUUCUGCAUCUGGACCUCAGGUCCGAGAACAUGAUCGUCACCGAAUACAACUUACUCAAGGUCGUCGACCUGGGCAACGCCCAGAGCCUCGCCCAGGAGAAGGUCCUGCCCUCCGAGAGGUUCAAGGACUACGUGGAGACCAUGGCUCCCGAGCUCCUGGAGGGCCAGGGUGCCGUCCCACAGACCGACAUCUGGGCUAUAGGCGUGACAGCCUUCAUCAUGCUGAGCGCGGAGUACCCGGUGAACGGUGAAGGGACACGCGACCUGCAGAAAGCCUUGCGCAAGGGGCUCAUCCGUCUGGGUUGCUGCUACGCGGGGCUGUCCGGCGGCGCGGUGGCUUUUCUCCGGAGCACGUUGUGUGCGCACCCCUGGGGCCGGCCGUGCGCGACCAGCUGCCUACAGUGUCCAUGGCUAACCGAGGAGGGCCUUGCGGGCUCCCAGCCCGCGGCUGUCUCCUUCUCCACCGCGCGACUUCGAGCCUUCGUGCGCGAGCGAGAGAAGAAGAGGGCGCUGCUGUACAAGAAGCACAACUUGGCCCAGGUGCACUAAGCACCCGGCCUGGCAGAGAGGGGGUGUGUGUGAUGGGGGGUGGGAGGUCGCCCUUCUGGGCUGCGCCCCUCAGUCUCCGCUCUAGGACUCGCUGUAUAUGAACAGACAGGCCAAUAAAAAAGCAGAACCGGA